AGCGGAAGUUUUCCCUGAAGCUAUAACGUUAGGGCAAUUCGGCAAUAGGGCCAUGGAGGUGCAGGCGAAGGACGCAGUGAGGAGGUUAUUUGCGCGAGCGCAAGACACCUCUUUUCACCCUCUUCCAAACGACUCGGAUCUACAAGUUGGGCAGCUACAGGCUGAUAAACGUGGGAACAAAUUCUGCCUUGUUACCGACACCAGGAAGAUUCGUAUGAUACGGGUCAUCUGGAGGUUCUAUCCACCCAACGCGGACGGGGUGCUGCUCGUGCUGGGAAUAAUGGAUUGCGAGAUUCCGGGAAUGGUCAGGGUCGCUUACCUGAUCGAUGAUCCCGAGCCGCUUCUUCGUCCCAAAGUUCGAUUUUCGGAGACAUGCAUCCCCGACGUGGAUGCGUUUGUAGCUCGCAUCUGGCAUCGCGAUCAGAGUGUGGUGAACCAUGCGCAGGUCAAGGACGGUGUGAGGAGGCUGUUUCGAGCUACCGUUACCCGACACCUCCCGCCUCCAGGCGAUUCGGAUCUUCAAGUUGGAGAGCCACAGGAGGACAAAACUGGCAACAAGUUCUGCAAGGUUACGGACGUUCGGAACAUCGCGCCGGCGGUGACUUGGAGGUUCUAUCCGCCCAACGACGAGGACAUCCUGAUGGUGAUUGGAAUAGUGGAGGGCACCGUCAUUCGGGGAAGGCAGAUGAUGGCAUUUCUGGUUGAGGAUCCAGACCCGCUAAUUAAGUGGGAGGAUCCACCCGGUGUUUACAAAGGAAACACAUGCGUCCCUGACGUGGACGAGUUUGCAGCUAAAAUUUGGCAUCGAGAUCUCAGUGACGAUUGCGAGUUUCACUAGAAGCAGCCCUGCAAGUUGUUUUGCCUGUACUUGGUUACAUGCGUCUGUUAUGGUUAAUAAAAGUUGAUAAUAAAAUUAUUACUAGAUACUUUGAUCA